UGCUCUUGCUGUACUGAUCGAUCAGUGACAGUGAUCACUGACGACGAGCUAAGCUAAGCUAGAGCUGAGCUGAGAUAAGGUUUUUGCAGUAUGGCGGCGAAGGCGUCUGCGGUGCUGGUCCUGGUGGUGGUGGUGGUGGUGGUGAUGGUGGCGGUGGCGAGCGGCGGCGCGGAGGCGGCGACGUGCACGCCGACGCAGCUGACGCCGUGCGCGCCGGCGAUCGUGGGGAACGCGCCACCGACGGCGGCAUGCUGCGGGAAGCUGAGGGCGCACCCGGCGAGCUGCUUCUGCCAGUACAAGAAGGACCCCAACAUGAAGAAGUACGUCAACUCGCCCAACGGCAAGAAGGUCUUCGCCGCAUGCAAGGUGCCACUGCCCAAGUGCUGAGCUGCUCGAUCGGCCAUGGAUCAUCUUCUCACACGCACAGGUCGAUCGUCACACGUGCCAAGUACAGCAGUAGAACGUACACCAAAUGGCAUGCAUGGUUUCUUUCCUGGCUGCCAUAUGGGUGUCAGUUUAAGUACGAAUAAAACAAGGUCGAGUAACUUGGACAGUGUCUCUGUGUUUAAAGUUUCAGAAUAAAUCCAGGCUCUGUAGGUGCUUGGUGUGUUAUGAGCUUUGCUCUGCAAACUUGAUGUGCCAACAUCUCUACAGCAGAAAAAUGCUACAGAAAUAAAUGUGAGACCGUUUUCUGUUCAAGUCCCCAUUGCACUUUUGUGCUUUUGAAUUUCAGUCAUACAAGAUCAUG